AUGACUAGCAGGGACCAUGGCCUCGCUGACCCUGAAGCGAUCCAGGAGAAGGGGUCGGUCACCCACGAGGAAGCCGUCCAUAGGGCGACCCUGACUCAAGAGGAGAAAAUUCUUGAACGCAAAUUGCGACGUAAAAUUGACACAUUGAUUAUGCCCCUGGUGGUUCUGGUAUAUCUGCUUAAUUAUAUCGAUCGUAAUAACUACGCCGCAGCCAAGCUUCAAGGUAUCAAAGAUGAACUACAUCUAACGGAUACCGAAUACCAAACGGGCUUGUCGAUCCUUUUUGUCGCCUACAUUCUUAUGCAAGUCCCAAGUAAUCUGAUCCUCAAUUAUAUGGGUCGGCCUUCCCUUUAUUUGGGGUUCUUCGUUACAGCUUGGGGUCUUGUAUCUGCUCUGACGAGCCAAGUUAAGGGCUACGGAGGAAUUGUUGCAUGUCGCUUCCUUCUGGGACUUGUCGAGGCACCGUUUUUCGCCGGCGUCCUCUUUUAUCUCUCCAAAUGGUAUACCAAGAAAGAACUCGCGUUCCGAAUGAGUAUCUUCUACUCCGGAUCACUACUUAGCGGUGCAUUCGGUAAUCUUAUUGCCGCCGGAAUCCUCAGCGGUUUGAAGGGAAAGCGUGGAAUGUCUGCGUGGCAAUGGCUAUAUAUCAUUGAGGGAUCUAUCACUGUCUGCGUUGGAAUUUUGAUCUGUUUCAUUCUUCCUGACUUCCCUGAGACAUGGAAGCUUUUGUCUCCUGAAAUGCGCCGUGUGGCCGAGAGACGUCUUGCAGUGGAAGCAGCCGAGGCCGACGUAGACGAAGAAGGUGGCAUGAGCCAGAUGAAGGGUCUGAAGCUGGCAAUGACGGAUAUCAAGACUUACGUCCUGGCUCUCGCCUACAUGUGUAUUACAGGAGCGGCCGGAUUCCAGAACUUCUUCCCAACCCUCGCCGGAACUCUCGGUUACAACAACACCGUUUCAUUGCUGCUUGUAGCACCACCAUACAUCUUCAUGGUCUUUUACAGUCUCGCGCACUCCUGGGUCUCAGACAAGAUGGAAGUCCGAUUCUGGUUUUUAUUCUACCCGAUUCCUAUCACCAUUGUCGGUUUUGUUGUGUUUAUGACAACAGACGGGUUUGGUCCUCGUUACUUCUCCAUGUUUUUGAUGGUGUUUGUCUUUGCCCAGAACGGCACGCUCUAUUCCUGGAUUGCGAAUGCUAUUCCGCGCCCACCCGCCAAACGUGCUGCAGCCUAUGCCUUUAUCAACUCGAUCGGCAACUCGGCUAGUAUAUGGACGCCUUAUACUUAUGUUCAAGGCGAAUGGCCACAUUAUAAAACGGCCAUGGCGGUCUGUAUUGGCCUUCAGGGGAUUGGAGCUCUCUGUGGCAUCUUCAUGUAUGUCCACCUGCGCAUGCUCAAUAAGCGACAGGAGCGCUUGGAGAAUGAAGACUACCAACUCACCGAUAGAGAGCUUGGCCGGUUGCAAAUUACCGCGGACUUCGAGGGUAUUGACAUUGCAGCUGCACGACAAUUGCAGAAGGGCUUUAGAUACACACUUUAG